UCCACCCCUGAGUCAUACUAUAUCGACGAUCUGGAUCCCAGGGGCCAUCUACUCGAUCGAGAACUCUAUAUAUUUCCUCGUGGACGGAGGAGGAGAUCGAGAGUGAGAGAGAUGGGGGCGAUGGACAAGCUGAAGAUGUUCGUGGUGCAAGAGCCCGUCGUUGCUGCUUCUUGCCUAAUCGCCGGAGUCGGCCUCUUCCUUCCGGCUGUGGUGAGGCCCAUCUUGGACUCCUUUGAAACAUCUAAACAGGUUCCACAACCAGCAUUAAGUGAUGUAGUUGCUGGGAUGACCCGUAAAAAGCCUGAAUGAGGGCCAACGAAGAGAGCUUGUUUGAUACCUUGGGGACCAAAUGUUUGUAGAUUUGAUCAUUUCCCAGCAGUUACAAUCUCUGUAUAACCAUAAGAAAUGGGUGCAGAUGGGGAACCCUGUUUCAUGUCCUGGUCUUAGGAUUUUUUCAUUCGAGCAGCUUCUGACAAAAUUCAGCUGGUUAAUGCUGUGUGGAUAUGAUAAAAGAGACUUUUUUUGGUACAUUUCAGUACUAAAUAAAAUGACUUGUCCAUGAAA